ACGUAUGGCAUGUGCUACACUGUGAUGCCACUGGUGCUGCUCUUAAGUGUUUUUCCUCCUCCGACUUGCCGUACGAAUGGAAAUAGUUACAGAUAUAACCAGAGACAUGAACAUGGAAAGCGUUGGUAAACUGAUCCCGCAGCCUGCUUCCACGUCAGGGGUAAUUGGUCUACUGACUGGGACUCCGACGGUCCUCGCCGCCAGCGAGGUUAAGAAGAAACCCGCAGCUCCGAGUCUCAGUAUUGAGGAGCUCCCAUCCCUCUAUACUGCCCCAGAGCCACAGCUCAGGUAUGUGGAGCCAGUGGCAGGCCCUGUGGAACAGGCCGUAGCUGACCUGAGGAAAUGGGCUGAGCCUUUCACCAAUCAGUGUCAGGAAACAAGGCUGGUGGCUCUGGAGAAAGCUGAGGUUGGUGACAAGACACUCAGGGGAGUCUACCGGACUGUGGAACCCACGCUGAGCACUUCCAUUAGGACUGUGCAAGAAACGUACAAAUUCCUCAGUGAUCCGCCUUCUGACCUCUAUCCCAGUGUCGGGGCGAUUGGCUUCUCUGGCUUCCUAGGACUGUAUCUGGCCAAAAGUUCCAGGGUGAAGAGGCUGGUGUUUCCUGUCGGUUUGAUGGCUCUGACCGCUUCCAUGUUCUACCCACAGCAGGCCAAUUCACUACUCAGGGUGAGCAGGGACUCUUUGCAAACAUGGAGCCAACAGGGUCGAGAUGUGGCGGAGACGCUCUGGAGGGACCUGCCGAUUGGCAAGGACAAGGCAGACUGAGAAGACCGAGCACAAGUCAGUGGACAAAAGCACUACAAACGUGAGACACGGACGACAGGACACACCACCGGGCGUUCACACACACACACACACACACACACACACACCUGAAUAGUCAUAUACAGACUUAUACUGGUUAGAAUUUGUUCAUGUUAAUUAGUCAUUUAGCAGCAGCAUCAGUGUCAGCUCCUAAAAUAGUUUUUUUUUCUGUUACUCUCAUGAAACAUUUGAUAGUUAAUAAUUGAUAGUUAAUAAAAAGGAGUGACAGCUUGGCUGCAGUGUUUUA